AUGGGUAAGUUGAAGGCUCGUGGACUAGAAUUCAUAAAUUCCAUUAAUGGUAGUUCCUACCAAGUGUUACUUGAUGAAUCUUCAUCUUUCAGUGAGGUUAUUCUUUCCGCAGGAAGUAUAGGAAGCCCUCAACUUCUGCUCCUAAGUGGAAUAGGUCCCUCACAAGAUCUUAAAAAAUUAAAUAUAUCUGUCUUAAAAGAUGUACCUUUAGUAGGACAAAGGAUCCAAGAUAAUCCACGUACAUCGGUAUUAAUACAAUCUCCUACACCACUUAAUUUUUCCAGCAUACAAGUAGUAGGCAUACUAAAUAAUUCUAAUCUCUACAUAUAUGCCAGUAGCUUUGUGCAGUAUGUUUUUCCAAAUGGCUCUAUUUUAUCAAAUGGUUCUGGAGGGGCAAUCUUUCAGAAAGUAGCUUACCCAUUAUCAAGAGGAAAUCUAAGUCUAAUUAGUAAGGAUCCCAAAGACAAUCCUUCUGUUCGUUAUAACUACUAUUCAGAGCCUGAAGAUUUGCAAAAAUGUGUGCAAGGGCUCAAGGUAAUAGUUGACAUUUGUGAAACAAGUUCCAUCCAAAAUUUUGCCUAUAAUAAGUCUAGUGGCACAAGUGGGCUACAUUUCAUUGGAUUGGCUUUACCCAAGAAUAAAUCAGAUGACAUAGCCAUGGGUAAGUUUUGUAGAGAAAAACUUGCCACCAUAUGGCAUUUCCAUGGAGGUUGUGAUAUUGGUCAUGUUAUUGAUAAAAGGUAUCGUCUGAAAGGUGUUAUUGGUCUAAGGAUCGUUGAUGGUUCCACUUUUCGAGAUAGUCCUGGAACUAACCCACAAGCAACCACCAUGAUGCUUGGAAGGUAUGUAGGAGUGAAGAUUCUACAAGAGCGUGGGGCUUUUGAAUGA